UCAAAUCACUAUCAAUUAGUUUUGAUUUCUCUUAUUGUCUUGGGGGAUUUGGUUCUCUACCAAAUGAAUGAAUUGGAAGAUGAAAUCGUGUAUUCAAUUUCGAUGAUUUGGGUCUGAUUUCUGUCAUGUUCACUUGUGUUCAUCUUUCUUGAGAAACCCCUCAAGAUUUUAGAUCUAAUCAAGUCCUUUAUUUGGUGAUUGCAAUGUCUCUCCUAAGUAAAGCUGGGAGUCUUCUUAGGCAGACUGCAAACAGGCAGUCCAUCCAUCACUCGAUACGAUGCCCAUCGUCCAUGGGAACCCAACAAGCCUUGAGAGGUCCGACAGAUCAACAAAGUGUGAGGACAGCAUGCACAAAAUCUGGUGAAGUUGAUGGAAAAACCUUCAUGGACAGUGAUAGCAGAAGAUCUACAGGACUUGGAUUCACUACUUCUGGUGCCAUCUUGCACAUGGAGGUGCAGGAUCUCCAUAGUAGGUUGAUCAGAUGUGAACACAAGGUUGUAGGGUUGGCUAUCAACGAUAUUAUUGGUCAGAGAAGAAGCUUUUCCAGUGGAGCUACUGGAAACGCUGGGGGUGGUAACAAGCCACAAAUCAAUUCGGCACGUCCAAAACAUGACAGAACUGCAGCAAGUUACCUACCAAAUCUAUCUGUGUUCUCUCACAUAACUUCAGGGAUCGAAGGGAUCAUGGCGGAUUAUGUUCACCAAAAAAUGACCAAAGAAUUUUUCUCUUUAUGUUUCAGCUUGUUCUUUUUGAUCAUCAUGAAAGAUCUUUUCUUGUUUCUCGUUUUUCCUUAGAUUUAGUAAUGCUAGCAGUUCUGAAAAUGCUAGCAGGGAAGGUUUUCAGCAAUAGGAGCAAUAAUGGUGCUGCACGGUGUUGGCAGUAGAACAUCAAUGUAGGGAAGUAGCAGUAAUAGCUACGUUUUUCUGCAAUGUUACAAUUGUAUUAUGUACUUUUUCUCCAUUUGGGUUGAUGGCCCCCUCCCUGGAUCCUGAGAACCAUUUGUUUUCAUAUUUGUUGGAUUUGGCUCUGUGAACUGUGGCACUUCCUUUUUUGGUUCCUUUUCUAAUGGUACAGAGAUUUGGAAAUGAAAUUUUGGGAGGUAUC